AUGGCAGUUCAGCCUCAUAGUAAAACAAAAAUUGCCUAUUAUUAUGAUGGUGAUGUUGGUAAUUACUAUUAUGGCCAAGGUCAUCCGAUGAAACCGCACAGAAUUCGAAUGACUCAUAAUCUGUUACUCAAUUAUGGAUUGUACAGAAAACUUGAAGUCUAUCGGCCAAGAAGUGCGACAUUUCAAGAAUUGACAAGAUAUCACGAUGAUGAAUACAUAAAAUUUUUAAAAAAUAUUCGUCCAGAUAAUAUGAAUGAUAAUAAUCGCUAUUUACAACGAUUUAAUGUUGGUGAAGAUUGCCCAGUAUUUGAUGGUCUCUAUGAAUUUUGUCAAAUUUCAAGCGGCGGUUCAAUUGCUGCUGCAAAUAAAUUAAAUAAAAAAGAUGCCCAAAUCGCAAUCAACUGGAUGGGAGGUCUCCAUCAUGCCAAAAAAAGUGAGGCGUCUGGCUUUUGCUAUUCGAAUGAUAUCGUCCUUGCUAUAUUGGAACUUUUGAAGUAUCACCAGCGUGUUCUUUAUGUUGACAUUGAUAUACAUCAUGGUGAUGGAGUGGAAGAAGCUUUUUACACAACUGAUCGAGUGAUGACUUGUUCUUUUCAUAAAUAUGGCGAAUAUUUUCCUGGAACUGGUGAUUUGCGAGAUGUAGGUGCUGGACGUGGAAGGUAUUAUGCUGUGAAUUGUCCACUGAGAGAUGGUAUCGAUGACGAAACUUAUGAAAGAGUAUUUCAACCAAUCAUGGAAAAAGUUAUGCAUACAUUUCAACCAUCAGCUAUUGUAUUGCAGUGUGGUGCUGACUCGUUAACUGGUGAUCGACUUGGAUGCUUCAAUCUUACCUUUUUUUUCUUUGCAGAAUUACCUUAUAAUGAUUAUUUUGAAUAUUAUGGACCCGAUUUCAAAUUGCAUAUUACACCAUCAAAUAUGAUGAAUCAAAAUACAGCUGAAUACAUCGAAAAAAUACAGAUGGUGAUAUUCGAAAAUCUCCGUAAUAUCCCUCACGUGCCAAGCGUUCAAAUGCAGCGUUAG